AUGGAUACUAAUGGAGUUCAACAAAUUGUGUCUGCAUUGGAAGUUGUAUACAAUCCAAAAUCAACAAACGAUGAAAGGAGACAAGCGCAAUCUUUCCUAGAAACAAUCAAAUCCAACGAUGAAUCACCAUUUUGGGGGUAUCAACUAGCUCUUCCUGAAAACAAUGGAUCAAAUUACAUAGUUCGAUACUUUGGACUUACGUUGUUGCAAGUAUCCAUAAGAUAUAAAUUCCACACAUUUGAUUCAACUAAAAUAUCAGCAUUAAAAAAUUGGGUCAUUGAAUUGGCAAACAAGAUACUUGAUAACGAUCCCCAUUAUGUAAAGGAGAAGAUUGCUUUUCUUUGGGUUGCAUUGGCAAAGAGAAUAUGGGGUAGCUAUUUGAUAAAAUCUAGGGAUCAGCUGAGCAAAGAGGAUGAUGAACUUGAUGAAGAUGCGAAAGAUGCAGGUGCUGACAAACCGGCGGUAACGCCACAAGAAGCUGAAGAUGGGUGGGUAUCGAUGGACUCCAACUUGUGGACCCUUUGGAAUAAUAACAUCACUUGUCGUGAAUUGUCAUUAACCAUCAUAAGAACCCUUUUUGAAGAUAUCUAUCUUCUUGAUGAUGCAAUUGCUUCCAAAAAUAGUGUUGUACUAAAUCAAUUGUCGGUACUAAUAACAACUCCAGACAAGGUGCUUGAAACUAUUUAUGAAAAAAAUUCAAAAUUUACUAUAUGCAAAGCUUCAACUGAAGGGUGGUUUGUUACUUGGUCACGAUUCUUACUUGAAGUUGUUGCCAAUAACGAAUACCACAAUGAAAUAUACCAAAAGUAUGUCACAAAGAUUCUUUCUACAUUCAAAACAUGUUUACAUUGGAUUCAUCCUAGAGUGUUGAGAGAAGAAAAUACAUUGAAUACAUUGAUAAACUUGUUGACCAUACCUGAUGUCAAGAUCAAGACAUUGGCAGUUGAUUGUUUACAUAUUAUAUUCACCCGAACAUAUGCUCAAGAUGAAGAAUUUGACUUUUUCAUUGGAUCCAUAUUCACUACUGAAGGUAUCAACAAGUUGGACGAAUUUUAUCAAUCGUUGCAAUUAGACCCUGAUGAUAUUGAUGAACAAGUUUAUGCAUUGUUGAAAAAAACAGUUGAAAUGAUUGUGUCUCUAAGCGAAUACUUAAAUAUUUCAUCCAAGCACAAAGUCGAUUGGGAAAAGAGUGAUGUUGAUGGAUACCUAAGAUUAGUAUUAAAGACUACUGACCAUCCUAGUCUAAUCAUUAGUGGUUUGUCAUUGCAAAUGUGGGUGACCAUAUUACGUUUUGACGAGCUUAGUGCUAAGCGUCAGAUUGUUGACAUUAUGAUGCAGUUGUUGGAUAUUGCUGCAAAUAGAACAAUCAAUUUCCUUUGGGAUGAUGAACACGUUUCAAAGAAAUUUUUCGAUAUUGAUUUUGAUUCAACUCCCGAUGCAACAAGCUUUCUUCAAAACUAUCGCAAGUUUAAUGAAGAUAUCAUUAGAAUAACCGUUUGCAAAAAACCCGAAGAGGGACUUGUUUGGCUUGAAAAUAGAUUGGAGGAUUUUUUCAGCUCCGAAUUGGGUAGUCAAUGUAUCAAUAAUUACAACUUGGGUGAAAAAUCAAAAACAUUCAACUAUGGAUCAUCACAAUUUAGCAUUAUUGAGAAUAGUAUUAGAGGUAUAUCUCGAUGGAGAAUAUGGUACAAUGGAGAGGAUUACACGGCAAUAGAUGAUCGAUUGAAUAAACUUGUGAUUCAGUUGGGUGAAAGGCUAUUAGCGAUGAAUUUAGCAUCGCCAUUGAUUAUUAGAAAGCAAGUGCAAACUUUGGUUCAAUUUGCUCCGUUGUUAAAGGGAGUCGAUAGCCCAUUGAUGUUUCAAAUUCUUGAAAAAAUACUCACCACUGCCACAUUUCCAUAUCCACCCAAUAUCACUGAUGAAGAUAAGGAAUUAAUUCGUGAUUUGCGUGCAAGUUGUGGUACUGAAUUGAAUAGAUUAGCAUAUAUCAUGCCCGAAGCGUUGAAAAACAUCUUUAAUGAUUUGGAGAGUGUUGUGGCAAACAUUUUGUCUUCAGAUAAAGUUAGUGCCCAUGAAAAUGUCGCAUUCAAGUCAUUUCUAUUGGUUAUUGCUUCACGAUCAUCAAUUGAUGACAAGGAUGAUUUAUUCGCCAAAAUUGUCGAUCCUGAUUUGGCCGCUUGGUCAGCACCAGAAACUGAAAAGGGGUUGAUGGAUUUGCAUUGGUUUAUGGAAAGAAUUGGUAUUGUUGAAAUUGCAUCUUAUUUCCAAAAGAGGGGUAUUACAACUUCAACUAAUCUACUAGAAGCCAGAAUGGAUGAUGAAGGUAAAGAGUUGAAGCAAAAAUUAAAAGAUCAUUGGAGUUCAAUUUUCCCCAUACGAGCAACGAGAAUUUUCAUCCAGUAUAGUAUUGAAAAAUUGAGUCAUGAACUGCCUGAGUAUUUAAACUUGCUUAAAUUAUGGAAACCACGCGUACAACCAAUUGUACCGCAUAUCCUACAAUUGUUGACGCAAAUUCAAGCGUAUCAUAACCCUGCAAACUGGGUAGACUUACCUGCUGAAGUCCAAAGUUUUGUCAAGUAUAGUUGCACUGAACGAUUUUGGCAACAGGGCGUUUCAAUCCAAUCAAAGGAGACAUUUAUAGAGGAGAAUGUCAAAGCUGCAUUGACAUUGAGAGAUUUUGCUGAUUCAGUGGGUCAUUUGAUUAGAUACACUAGAGAAUAUGCAUUCCUAACCGUUGGGUCAUUGGCACAAUUGGAAGAUACACUUUAUGAAAUACCCCAGAUUGCGACAAUGAUUUGGAAGGCGGUUGCUGGUGACACUGUAGGAAUCACAUUACAUUCUUGGAAACACAUGAUUAAUAGUUGUCUUCGAGUCGUUAUUAAAUUUUGUCCAGUCAAAUUUGUUGAAGUGUUUAUGAGUGAAUUGUUACCCAAGGCAUUGGGUGAUAUUGAUGCAUUACUCGUUAGCAAAUGGGAUAAAGUAUACAGUGACGGAUUACAAUUACAAGGGAAUGAGGAUGACGAGACAUUGUCAGAGGAAAUGAUGGAAGAACAUAUGUUGAGACAAUUGACAGCCACGGUGGUGAGAAUGUUGAUGGAUAUUGUGGGACAAUACAAUUCCAAAGCUUUAACCGAUACACAAUUUGCUGCUCGAAAAUUGGUGAUUGAGAAUAAGCAAGUCUUGGCACCAUUUUUAACAAUUUGUUGUCAUAUAAUUGCAUUCAAGGACACCAAAUGUUCAUUCAAUACCAUCUUGGUUAUUAGAAACAUUCUUAGUGACAUCACUUCGAGAGACGAUGAAGUUGACAAAUUUCUUUGUGAGAAUCUUAUAAAAUCAUUGGUGCAUGUUUUGCUUGAUGACUAUUUUAUAGAAACUCACAGCGAAGCCGCAUUAGUUCUCACUACAUUGUACUGUCAAUUACGAUCCAAGAAUGACUAUGCUGCUCGAGUAUUGAUGCAAAAGUUACCAAAUAUCAAACCGCACCACAUUUCCAAUUUUGAGAAUUUAUUGGUUAGUUCAAAAUCGCUUAGACAUCAACGAAGUGCACUUUUGGAAUUGAUCAAGAUAUCUAAAGAUAAUGGAUCAUAUGGAGAAGAAGAAGAUGACAUGACAAAGAGGAAAAAAGAAUUGGAUCAAGUUGCUAAACGAAAGAAAAUCGGUGCUGAUGAAGUUGAUGUGAUGAAUAAUCCCUAUACUGAGAAUGGGGCAUUGGGCAACUUAUUCGGGGAGGAGUGA